AUGUCAACGCCAGAGCGAAGCACCCCGGCCACGUCUCUCGCGGCCACGGAUCGUCCCUUCUCACAAGCUGCGAAGCCGCAGCGGGUGCUUGCGUGCGUGUUGUGUCAACAGCGAAAGGUGAAAUGUGACCGCAAAUUCCCCUGUGCCAACUGUAUCAGGUCCCACGCGCAGUGCGUACCCGCCGCGACGCUAGUCCUCCGCCAGCGUCGCCGCAGGUUUCCCGAGCGAGAGCUGCUGGACCGCCUCCGCUACUACGAGAGCUUGCUCCGCCACAGUAACAUCAAAUUUGAGCCGCUCCAUAAGGAAUACUCGACCACAGAGAAGAAAUCGCUCAACACAGACACCGAGGGUCGCGGCUAUGACUCCCAAGACGAUGAGCAGCUAGUAGCUACUGCGGGCGCAGAUCAGUCGUCGUCUCCUUCGAUGGCAGUCAAGUCCGAAACUGUAUACGAGGCCAAGAAACUCUGGCACGCCAUGAAUCAAAGGGCACAGUCUCGAAAUCCCGACGAUGAUAGCAGCGAUUCCUCGCCCGAUGAUGUGCGUGAGGCUAUGGUCAAGGACGCCUGGAAUGAACUGUAUCACAAUAACGACCAUCUCCUGUUCGGCUCGCGUGAGACAGCCGUCGAUGUCUUUACCCUGCACCCGGAACUGGUCCAGAUCUUUAGGCUCUGGCAGAUCUAUAUCGACAACGUCAAUCCGCUGCUCAAAGUCACACACACUCCCACCCUGCAAGCACGCAUCAUAGACGCCGCCAGCAACGUGGCCAGCAUCAAGCCCACCUUGGCGGCGCUCAUGUUCAGUAUCUAUUGCGUGUCCAUUCUGAGUCUCGGCGAGGACGAAUGCCGUACCAUGUUCGGUACGCCAAGGGAACGUCUUCUGACGAGGUAUCAGUCUGGCUGUCAGCAAGCUCUACUGAAUUGUGGGUUUCUACGCUCCGGCGAUCGUGACUGCUUGACCGCGUUAUAUCUAUACCUUAUCUCGGUCAGACCCGCUACAGAUCCCCAGUCUCUGUCUUCCAUGCUCGGUGUUGCGAUCCGCAUUGCGCAACGCAUGGGGCUUCACAACGAGUCGGCCUAUGCCAAAUGCCCCGCUCUCGAGGCUGAAAUGCGCCGAAGACUUUGGUGGUCUCUCAUACUCUUCGACACUCGCAUUUGCGAGCUGGCCGACUACAAGACCGCGAUGCUAGUUCCUACCUGGGACUGCAGGACUCCUCUCAACCUCAAUGAUUUUGAUCUCCAACCAGAGAUGAAAGAUCCACCAGCGGUUCAGGAGAAAUCUAGCGAGGCCCUUUUCGCCGUCGUGCGCAGCGAGAUGGGCGAGUUCGUCCGUCACAGCGCGUUCCAUCUCGACUUUGUCAGUCCGGCUUUGAAGGCGGUUGCCAAGGACGUCCAGGGCGGCCACGUUCCAGAAGGUGGCAAGCUGGUCGCGCUGGAGAAAAUGAUCGAGGACAAUCAUCUCAAGUUCUGCAAUCCUGAGAACCCACUCCAUUUCAUGACGAUCUGGACGGCGCGCGGUUACCUCGCUAAAAACCGUCUCCUUGAACAUUAUUCAAGAUUUCCGAGGUCGUCUGUGCAGCAGACGGACGUGCAACGCGACGCUGCCAUUUCCCAUGCACUGAGCAUGCUUGAGUGCGAUACGAAUCUCAUGACUUCACCCCAUACCACAGGGUACCUUUGGUUUGUUCACUUCCACUUUCCAUUUCCCGCAUACAUUCAUAUUGUUCAAGACCUGAGAAUGCGGCCUGUCAGCGACCACGCUGAACGGACUUGGGAGAUUAUGAGCGACAACUACGAGGCCCGAUUCAUGUUUCUGGGACAAGACGACAAUCCGCUCUUCAAGAUUUUUACUAAAAUAAUCCUCCAGGCUUGGGAAGCGCGCGAACUAGUGUUCAGACAAUCGGGAAAGCCGCUAGUGCCACCACGAAUUGUGUCUGACAUUAAACGAAAAGUGGCGCAAACGACGCAAGAUGCACAUGAUCCUUGUAUAAAACAGCCCAACGAUGUAUUCGGCAUGAAUACUGACUUUUCAAUGUCGAUGCCAGUGGACUCUGGUUGCCACAGUCUGCUUUAUGGCAUGGGAGGGCAAGGCUAUGUAGGGUCGGAGUCGAGCCCACAACAUAACAUGCCCGGACAGGCUGCGCUGGAUGUUGAUCUGAAUGACUUGAAUUGGACUCCAAUGGACUGGAAUCCGUUGUAUCGCUGCGACUGGUGA